AGCGGCCACGGGAAGGACGCUGAGCUGGUGGUGGGGACGACUAACGGGACGACAUGACCCUUUUUAAUCCUUUCCGCAAGAAAAAGACGACCGACUUCACCGGGCAGCACCCAUGACGGGCCAAGUGGUGAAGCAGAACGGGGCCGACGGGCGGAAAGAGGUGCGCGAGAAUGUACUGGCGCGUAGGCUUGGCCUGGAGCCGCUCGUUCCUGCUCGACCUCGGCCGCAAUAAGAGCUUCUUCCCGUUCGGCUUGUGUAGCUCGGACGAACAGCAGCUCUCGUUUUAUGGCUACGUCAUCGCGUACCCGCUGCAGGACUACGGCGGCAUCAUGGCGGCACUGGGCUCGGACUCAUGGUGGCGAAAGACACUGUAUAUCACCGGGGGCGCGCUGCUCGCCGCCGCUGCCUAUUUACUGCACGAGCUGCUCGUCGUCAGAAAAGAGCAGGAAUUGGAUUCCAAAGACACCAUUAUCCUUCACCAAUUCACCAGACCCAAAAACGGAGUUCCCAGCUUGUCUCCUUUUUGCCUGAAGAUGGAGACCUAUCUGCGCAUGGUAGACCUGCCUUAUCAGAACUUUUUUGAUGGGAAGCUGUCUCCGCAGGGGAAGAUGCCAUGGAUCGAGUACAAUCAUGAGCAGGUGAGCGGCACCGAGUUUAUCAUUGACUUUCUGGAGGAGAAACUGGGUAUGAACCUGAACAGCACCUUAAGUCCUGAGGAGCAAGCUGUGUCACGUGCCAUCACCAAGAUGGUGGAGGAGCACUUUUACUGGACUAUUGCCUAUUGUCAGUGGGUUGAUAACCUGGAGGAGACUAAAAACAUGCUGGCUGUGAGUGGGCCUCUGAGCGACGUGCUUAAGUGGAUUUUGAGUCGCAUAAACUGUGGCAUUGUGAAGAGAGAGAUGUAUGGCCAUGGCAUUGGGCGAUUCUCCAAAGAAGAAAUUUAUGCUCUAAUGGAGAAGGACAUGCGAACUUUGGCCACGCUACUCGGGGAUAAGAAGUACAUCAUGGGCCCCAAGGUUUCCACGGUUGAUGCUGCAGUUUUUGGCCAUCUAGCCCAGGCCAUGUGGACAUUACCCGGCACACGACCAGAGCAGCUCAUUAAGGGUGAGUUCAUGAAUCUAGCCAUGUACUGCGAGCGUAUCCGGAGGAAAUUUUGGCCCGAGUGGUUUGUUGACGUCGAUGACUUCGACUAUGACGGUUUAAGCGAGGAGCCCAACUCCCCGUCUCAGAUGCUUGACCUUGGCUUGUUUUCACGUAGUGAGGAGCCCAGCAGUCUCUCACGUUCCACCACCACACACUCGCUGGACAGUGACCACACUGGACACUCUCUCUUCGACUCCGACAUGGAUGCAGAAUGCUCAGAGAUGGAGGAGGUCAAAGGCUAAUCACCAUAUCCUGCAUUCCUGUUGUCUGGACUUCUCCCAGUUAUAUAAAGAAGAUCUUAUCUUCUGGAGAGGACAGUUCUCUAAGUUUUAGAGAAAAGAGUAAAAGGAGUAUGGACUAUGUGCAAUGGUAUGAUUACAAUCAAAUGGUAAUGCUAAAGUUUCCUUUUACUUGUGAUAGAAUAGGUUUGAAAUAAAAAUGAAAUGUGAUCGUAGGAAGGAGUAAAGGGACAUAAAAUCCAGUGAUAGUAUAUAAGUUAAAUUGUUUGACGUGGAAAGAAAUGCAAGAAUUGAGGCUCUACUGAAAAAAAGGAGAGGAAAAAAUAAAAAACAACUGAGUCAUGCAGCCAAAAAAUGUAAACAUUAAACUGCACCACUGGUAAAUCAUUCCACAAGAAGUGAAAGAUUGUUGUGCCACAGUUUGACGUAUACUCAAUGUGCAAGCUGCAUCCUCGCACCAUGUGUCUCUUAAGGAUUGUGUCCUGUAUUCAGUUAUUGUAUGGAUUUACAAUAUAGCACUGAAUAUUUUGGGACUACUUGGAGCUGCUCAGAUUUUACAUGUCACCUAGCCUUGUCAUGCUCUUAGGUGUGUAAAGUGUACCAGAUUUUACCCUCUGCAGUGUAUAUAUAUCUUGUUCUCUUCCACAGUUUUGGCCUUGAUGCCUGUUCUUAGAUCUGUCUGUUAUUAGACAAGUUUUAUUUUGAAAAGCCUGAUCCAUUCAGUAACUUCCCUGGUACUGAUGGAAAAACUAAAUCCUUCUCUUUAAACCCCUAGAUGAUUGAGGAGGAGGAAUGUCCAGUUCAGGUUCAGUUUUCAUCUUGGACAAGAAUCAGAUUAUAGAAAUGAGAAAUGAUCAUAGAUAAUGAUGGACAGAAGCAUCUAUAUUAUCAUGUAUUCACACAUAUAUGUGAUAUGGGUGCUUUAACAACUUAAUGCACAAUUAAUCAGUCUAGACCUUAGGCCGGUUUUCAGCAAACUUUAUUGGCCUUGUGUGCUUGGCCUCCUGAGUGACCUCUCAGCAUGUACACUAAAACGGACAGAUAAUAAUAUAUUACUACAGUCUUUUCCUCUACAUGUUUGUCUGUGUGAUCCAUAACCUUUGUAUAUUGUAGUCAGUGCAUGUGUUAACUGUACACUAGUUCUAGAAUCAAAGCCAUGAGGACCAAGAAAGUUUGUAGAAGUUAUGCAUUUGUAUGCAUUUGAUGACGAUGGAUAUUGGCCUUGUGAGGUUGCAAUGUCGCUGCUCAAGCAUCUGGAAAACUUAGUGACCAACAGUGAGGUGCAAAAUUCACACAAUCACUACACCACAGUUAUUAAUGUCUUAUGUGUACUGAAUGAUCAUACAUGUGUUUGUCAAACAACAAACAUCUUUAGUGCAUUUAAGUGCCCAAUUAUAAGUGUGAGAUUUUGGUCCAGCAGAUUUCUUCCUCUUUAUUUUUAAAGACCACUAGAUAGACUGGAUAAUAAUAAAAUUUCAUAGUAACAAUGUAAAACCAAAUAAAAUUACUUGUGUUUAAGUACUGUUCACUGCAGCCCACUUUAAUCUGAACACCCUGAUUAUGCCUUUAAUCCCAUUUCCAGAAGUGUUUAUGGGAUCCUGUUCUGCUUAAUAUGUUUAUUGUGCAAAGAUAAGAUCCCAAAUAAAUGAAAACAUCCCUACCUGGUCAAGCCGUGUUUUAGUAUACUUUAAUGCAGUGGUUCCCAACCACCGGGCUGUGGACCGGUACCGGUCUGUGGGUCAUUUAUUACCGGGCCGCACAGAAAGAAUAAAUAAUUACAGAUCGCUAGAAGAGCAAUUAAAUUUCCAAUACUCGGGUGUUAUUGUCCCCAAUCACCCCUAGGUGGGAGCAACAUCUUGUUGCAGCGAAAAUAGCUCAGGAUUUACACUGAUUUUCCAUUCUAUAGUUAUUCUUUUUAAAAUCCCCCCGCCCCUGCCAGUCCGUGAAAUUAUAUCUUAUAUAAAACUGGCCCGUGAAAUUAUAUCUUAUAUAAAACUGGUCCAUGGUGCAAAAAAGUUUGGGGGCUGCUGUUUUAAUGCAUAUAGUUAAGGUCGAACGUUUACAUGCAGGUAAAAGGGACAUGUAUGCUAUGGCAGUCCUGGGAUUUCAAGGCUUCUGCUGUGAAUAAUUAAAAGAUUCUUUUUCACCUAUAA